AUGAGCUAUAUGAAGAAAGAUGAAGAUGCGGACCAGGUCAUGAUCAAGCUUGAUCGGACCUCCGUAUUCCAAGAUGCACGCCUUUUCAAUUCCUCUCCUAUUUCGCCGCGAACAUGUCGGACGUUACUUACCAAGAUCGCUGUCCUCAUGUUCACCGGGGAGCAGUUCCCCACGAACGAAGCCACCACGCUCUUCUUCGGCAUCUCCAAGCUCUUUCAGAACAAGGACCCUUCAUUGCGGCAAAUGGUGUAUCUGAUUUUGAAGGAGUUGGCUGGCACCGCUGAGGACGUGAUCAUGUCGACUAGCAUCAUCAUGAAGGAUACCGCGGUGGGAAGCGAUGUUUUGUACCGGGCCAAUGCCAUCAGAGCGCUCUGCCGCAUUAUCGAUGCCUCCACAGUACAAGGUAUCGAGCGACUCAUCAAGACUGCCAUUGUUGACAAGACUCCCUCGGUCUCCUCCGCCGCCUUGGUCUCCUCCUACCACCUUCUUCCCAUUGCGCGCGAUGUCGUCCGGAGAUGGCAAAGCGAAACACAGGAAGCAGCUUCAUCUUCCAAAUCAUCGACCGGCUUCCUUGGUUUCUCGUCAAGCUCGCAGAGCCACGCCAUCUCGCAGUCAAAUUUCAUGACCCAGUACCACGCCAUUGGUCUUUUGUAUCAGAUGCGCUCACAUGAUCGUAUGUCGUUGGUCAAGAUGGUGCAGCAGUACGGAGCCGCAGGUGUUGUGAAGAGCCCGGCCGCUCUGCUCUUGUUGGUGCGUCUGGCGGCGAAGUUGGCCGAAGAGGACCAGGGCCUCCGGAAACCUAUGAUGCAGAUGCUGGAUGGCUGGCUCCGUCACAAGCACGAAAUGGUCAACUUUGAGGCAGCCAAGGCUAUUUGCGACAUGCGCGAUGUUACCGAUGCUGAGGCCUCGCAGGCUGUUCACGUCCUCCAGCUUUUCCUGUCUUCCCCGCGGUCUAUCACUAAGUUCGCUGCCAUUCGUAUCCUUCACAACUUCGCCUCCUUCAAGCCGCACGUUGUCAACGUCUGCAACCCUGAUAUCGAAUCGCUCAUCUCCAACUCCAACCGCUCCAUCGCCACGUUCGCCAUUACCACGUUGCUCAAGACCGGCAACGAAGCUAGUGUCGACCGUUUGAUGAAGCAGAUCUCUGGCUUUAUGGCCGAUAUUACCGACGAAUUCAAGGUCACCAUUGUUGAGGCUAUUCGCACUCUGUGCUUGAAGUUCCCCAGCAAGCAGGCCGGUAUGCUCGUUUUCCUGAGCGGCAUCCUGCGCGACGAGGGUGGAUAUGAGUUCAAGCGCACUGUUGUGGAGAGCAUGUUUGAUCUGAUCAAAUUUGUUCCCGAGAGCAAGGAAGAUGCACUCGCCCAUCUCUGCGAGUUCAUCGAGGACUGCGAAUUCACAAAGCUCUCAGUCAGGAUUCUGCACCUGCUUGGUGCUGAGGGCCCGAAGACUACUCACCCCACUAAGUAUAUCCGCUACAUCUACAACCGUGUCGUUCUGGAGAACGCCAUUGUACGUGCCGCUGCCGUCACCGCGUUGGCCAAGUUUGGUGUUGGCCAGAAGGACCCCGAAGUCAAAUCUAGUGUUCAGGUUCUGCUCACCCGUUGUCUUGAUGAUACCGAUGAUGAGGUGCGGGAUCGUGCUGCGCUCAACUUGCGCCUGAUGGGCGAGGAGGACGAGGCAGCGAGCGCCUUUAUCAAGAACGACUCCAUGUACUCCCUCUCCACCUUCGAACACCAACUGGUCAUGUACGUGACAUCAGGUGAUAAACAGACUUUUGCUGCUGCCUUUGACGUUGCUACUGUUCCCGUUGUUUCCCACGAGCAGGCCCUGGCCGAGGAGAGAACCAAGAAACUCACUUCGGCUACCCCCACACUCAAGGCUCCCUCAGCGGGUCCCACGAAGAGCAAGGCUAGCGGCGGUAUGGCCGAAGCUGCCACUGCCUCUGCAACUCAGAAAUAUGCCGAGCAGCUCAUGCAACACCCCGACCUCAAGGAAUACGGUACUUUGCUCAAGUCCUCUGGGCCUGUCGAGCUUUCCGAGAGCGAGACCGAGUACGUUGUUACAGCUGUCAAGCAUAUCUUCAAGGAACACAUCGUCGUGCAAUACGACAUCAAGAACACACUUCCAGACACCGUCCUAGAGAAUGUCACUGUUGCUGCAACCCCAGAGGAGGACGUAUUGGAGGAAGACUUUAUCAUUCCUGCUCCCAAGCUCCCCACAAAUGAGCCCGGUGUUGUCUAUGUGGCAUUCAAGAAGCUCGGCGGCGAGAACAGCGUUCCCGUCACCUCAUUCACAAACAACCUCAAGUUCACCAGCAAAGAGGUCGACCCUACGACCGGCGAGCCCGAGGACAGUGGCUACGACGACGAGUACCAGGUGGAAGACCUCGAGUUGACUGGCAGCGACUAUGUCAUCCCGACAUUUGCCGGCAGCUUCGACCACGUCUGGGAGCAGACCGGUGCCAACGGCGAGGAAGAAAGCGAGACCCUACAGCUCAGCAACAUGAAGGGCAUCACCGAUGCUACGGAACAGCUGAUCGCGGCCCUGUCGCUCCAACCCCUCGAAGGCACCGACGUCGCCCUCAACAGCAGCACACACACGCUCAAACUGUUCGGCAAGACCGUCUCCGGUGGCCGUGUCGCCUCUCUUAUCAAGAUGGCCUACUCCAGCAAAGCCGGUGUCACGACCAAGAUCACUGUCCGCGCAGAAGAGGAGGGUGUUGCAGCGGCUGUGAUUGCUUCUGUGUCUUAA